AUGGAGGCCGCACCUGCUGCAGCUCCGCAGCAGGAGGCAGCAGACGCCCCCAAAGCAGAACGCGUUCGCGUCGUCAUUCGCUGUCGCCCGCUUUCUGAGGCGGAGGUCAGCGAAGGCCGCAAAUCCGUGCUGACAGUGAACAGCAAGAACGCGUCUGUUUGCCUCCAGAAGCCGAACGGUCCAGCGAAGCAUUUUAGCUUUGACGCAGUUUACGAUGAGUCCGUGUCUCAGGAAGGCGUUUAUGAAGACGCGGCCUACGGCAUUGUUGAAAGUGUCACCGAGGGAUACAACGGUGCAUGCUGCACACAAAGACCCACAGAACCCAACUGA